GCCGGUCGAGCUCGAGGAGGGCAGUCUGUGGUUGUACGUGUUAAAGCCCUAGCUCCGAUUCAGAUUCUGGUGUCUGUCGAGGAACCUCCCAGCUGCAGUUACAAUCAAAUCCAAUCGCUCCUCCCUCUCUACAUGUCUAUCAUGUUAUGGGCAACAAGGAAUCAUUGAGAACAAUCAUCUGUCGUUUUGGCAUACGCAUCACUCGCUGCAAUAUGCUCGUGCAAAGAAGCUCAGGAGUAUCUUCGUGUUUGGUGGAAUGUGCUGGUGGGGGGCCACAAAACUCGCUCGUUCGCAGGUCCCAACGGUCGACAAGUUCGUGAUGCUUGACUUUGUUGAAGACUUUCUACUUCCCAAGCUUCAGGAGUUCAGGGAAGCCGACAUCAAUCUCACAAUCCAACAUGACAACGACGCCAAGUUUCACGCGCCCUGCUGCAAAGAAUCCUACGAAAGGGAGGGAUACAGAGUCCUACCCUGGCCGGCAUACUCACCUGAUAUGAACCCCAUUGAGGACUUGUGGUGCCUGAUCUCCAAACGCCUGGAAAAGCGAGCUACGGUUGCAAAAGACCUCGAUGAACUAUGGGAGUGGGCACUGGAGGAAUGGGGAAAAGAUUCCUCUCGAAUACCUCCGGAAGCUCAUUGAAUCGAUGCCCCAGAGGGUGAAGGACCUGUACGAUGUUAAGGGGGGUCAUACAAGGCAUUGAGGUUUACUUGCGAGGGUGAGGAGGGGGGUGUUGGAUGGAGCCAGUGGGGCACUCAGGAAGGACACCCGCGAAUACAGUAAUUAGGGAGUUGUCCUCUUAAAUAUGUGUUUAUUUUGCUUUAAAUAAGACGUUUUUCAAAUCGUUUCAGCGAAUUUCCAACUUCUAACUUUACCGGCGUUC